AUAUAUAUAGGCGGCAACUUUUCGAUGGUCGACUUUAUCAUGAAGAUGCACCCUCACCCUGAGGACCGGUCCAACUGCAUGUAUCCCUUCGAACAGCUCCUCCAGGUCAGAGGGGUCGUAGAGGACGACGAGAUCCACAAGCCGCAGCAGCUCGAUGCCAACGGCGAGAAGUGUCUGAUUGUUGUCAAGAACGGAAAGACCACAGGCACCACCUUCGGUCGCCUUAGCAGCAUGGAGUCGUUCGUUCGCACCUACCCCGAGUACGACAUCAAGAAGACGUCGAUAGAGAUCGCUGUGUACCCUUACAGCAGGAAGGACGGUGCAUUUUCUGCUCCCGGCGACUCUAGCGCUGCAGUGGUCGACUGGAAGGGCCGGCUUGUUGGGCUGAUCGUCGCUGGUGCCGGCAAGCUCGAAGAGAUCGACGUUACAUACCUCACUCCCUACUGGUGGAUUGAGAAGCAGAUGAAGAUGGUAUUCCCUGACAGCUUCCUCUACGACGCCGUCGACUAG